CUGCAUAUUAAGUGCAAGAAAUUAUUCAGUGACUUCAUCACUUUUUGUCUGCGUUUGCUACUUAAACAACGCAGGGCGGCUAGCAAAGACUAAUCUGGAAAAACUCCACGUUAAUUCUGCUUGACAUGAAAGCAGUAGGUGGAUUAAACUUAAACUUCCUCCAGCUUGGAGUGGCCAUAUUAGCGAUUAUAGCCUCCCAGCAUCCUAGCCACAGUUUACGUCUUUUUGACAGGUGAGGGUAAAGAAGUAUAAAUUUUUUAUAGCGACUUAUAAAACGCAUAUUGAGAAACCUGUUUCAAGCGGACCACAAAGUCAAAGGACGCCCUGUAUUAAGAAGAAUAUAAUAAUAAUGAUAAUAAUUCCUGGGCAAUAUUUGUAGCACAAAGGCUACUGUGGUCGAUCAAAUCAGUGGCUGAAAGAAACUGGGUGAGUCGUUCCGAUGUUUGACUUUCUGUAAACACCGGAAAUUGCCGGUAUAUAGGGCGCAACCGACUAGGAUCAGCUGUAGGAUGGAGGAUUCAAGGAGCUAUAUUCUCGGUCACAAAUAUGAUGGAAUAUUAACUUCUUUUUUCCCUCUUUCCCUUCAAUGGUGAUCUUCGAGGCAGACAUGAACGAAGCAUUGAUGAGGGAGAAUUUAACAAUACAGGUUUUAUGCCAGUAUCUUGUGCUUUCGAAAACUGUUACAGCGAAAGUAUAACUGGAGUCGAACGGCACCUGUCCAAUCGGGAACUCCGAUAUUGCAGAGCCCCAAACAGGGUUAAAAUUCGUACAAACAUAAGUUCCCUAUAAGUGACAUGAGCUGUAAAAACAAGGUAAGACUCAUUUCCGCGUUACACCAUAGUUUUCAGACUCAAAAGACAGUUGGAAGAAUAAAAAUUAACCGGGUGAUCGAUUAACAAGAUCCAAGUUGAAACGUUUCCUUAAUAAUUGUUUUAUAUUCUCGUUUGAAGCAAAAAUGUUUUCUACUGCGUAUACCCCUGGAUCGGAAUAGUGAGGGGAGAUGUUGCUAAGCAUGAAAAAUUUAAAUUCAUCAAGCUAUUUCUAUAUUUUCUGCUCGGUUCUACAAGUUUAUUGUUGUUCCGAUGACAAGUUGUGAUGAUGUGACUCUGCUGUCUCGAUCCCUUGAAUACAAAAAGACGUAUGCAUCAUGGCGGAUAAAGGCAUGGUAUUCAUCGUCAAUGUUUCCAGCCUUGUUGCCGUUUUUGUGUUUUUUCGCUUCUUAAACAGAGCUCAGAAAUAAGGGAUGAAUAAAACGUCUCUCUACCAGUUAAGACUUCUCGCCCGAGUUAGCCUUUUUAAUUAGGAAGCUUGGAAAAGACGACGAGAACGGAAAUAAAAAUAGUAAUGUGUUUAGAUAAGCAAAACAACAACUUUGCACAUUCAGCACAAUUUUUUGGUCACAUUUCUUUGCCAUCGGUACACGACCACGACGUGAACCUGCCAAUUUUCAAGUUUUGUUGAGGACGUGUAACAAGACAACGGUUUUCUAAUUCGUCUUUUAAACUUGGAUACAUUUCUGUAGAAUUCGACUCCAACGACAUGGAAUAUCAGCGAUGAAUUUUGAAAAAGUAUGAAUUCGCUUUUUACUAGAAGUUUUCGCCUCUGUCGUCGUCGUCCUUGCUUAAGCUCCCCGGAAGGUCGAAAACGAUGCAGAAACGGUAUCAUGUCUAUCAUUGACGGGGAGCAUCAAUUCAUUUUUUACGCUACCGGAAAGAGUGUCGUUUUGGUGCUUGAAUGUUGGGUGUAAGAUCUUCCCUUAAACUUUGCUUAAGUUGAAAUAAUUUCAAAAUCCCCCCUCCAAAAUUCCUAAUUAAUGACAAAGCAAAAGAUGCUAACACUAUAUUUGAGGCAAGUUUAAGUUUGCCGUAGUGCUUUUUCAUAUACAGGAGUUGAAACUGUUUGAUUGUUGUGCUAUUAUCUUAAGACACAAGGUUCUGCGAGUGCAACCACAGACUGAGGACCACGUAAGCUCCCUGAGGGAACUGCUACAAAGCUGGAAUGGUGCUGUAAGUGAAUACAUUAAAACAAAUGAUGGUGUUCCUGGUGGGCCGUUCGUACCUUGUUAAGUAAGAAAUUUUUGCCCAACAGCGCACGCUCUCAUUGGUUUCUUCAUGCUAGGCCACUUUUUCCCCGCCAAAGUCUCUGAGCGAGCAACAUUGCAAAGUCUAUGACGUCAGAGGGUAACAUUGCACUGUUACCGUUGGCCGACGACCGCCGUUGUAGCGAGGUUUAAUGAACUUCCAGCGUUAAAAUUUCCAGCUAUAUAAUAAGUCGCUUAAGGACUGGUCCCACGGAAAAUAGUUAAUUUUGUUUCCCUCGGCUCUGCCUCGGGAAACAUUGAGAUUCUCGAGAAACAAAGUUAAGCGUUUCCCUCAGAGCCAGUCAUUUAGCAAUUAAUGAACGAGGCUGAGUAGGAUAUGAAGAAUUAAGCAGAUCGAGGAGGAUGUUAUCGGGCGGGGGUCGAUAACACCCUCCGAGAUCUGCUUAAUUCUUCAUAUCCGAGGAAAGCCGAAUUCAUUAAUUGCUUUAUUAUUCAUUCAAAAUAAUUCCUAGUUUAAAAACAUAGCUAAAACAUGUUACCUGCAUCGAUGUUAAGUUCAGUCUUCGAUAGCGUACGUUUAGGUUUGUACAGCUCCGCAAAUAUUCCCCAAAUAGCAGAUGUCGCCUUCCAAGUUGUCUUCUUGCUGUUUUUGCCAUGUUUUUAGCUAUUAUUUCGCCUUGUUCCGGCUGUAGUUCUUACUCUUGAAACGAGUCAAAUGUCCGCCAUUUUUUUUUCACAACCAUAACAACUCAACCUCGUCCCCAGGUCUUCUCGGUAACGGUGCUUUAACCCGUAGCAAAGCAACCCGUAGCAGGCUGAAGUUUUGAAGUAAUUUCCUCGUUAAACACAAAAUUCUUCCAAAUUUGGUCAUCAGUAACUGGUUAUGGUGAAUUAUGCGUGUGCUUUUAGCAACCUCGUCCUCAGGGCUUUUCCCUAAAAUAAUGGGAAAAGCCCUGGGGACGAGGUUGAUCGUGGGGAUCAAGAGAAGGGGCCUGGGGUCCCGGAACAAGCUUUUUUCUUAGAUCAAAACCACAGGUCGCCCAAGCGUAAUAUGAGAGUUUGUAUGGGAAAUAAAGAGUUUGAAACUUAGAUGAACUAAAUGAACUAAAAGCAAUAAAAGUUAUAAAUAAAGUGUAAACAUUGUUACUUGACUUUGUUUUUACGAAGUUUCAGCGCGAUUUGAGCACUUUUACAUCAUUUGACCUGACAAUGUAGUCAUAUACACUGUAAGGUCAAAUGAUCUAAAAGUACUCAAAUCGCGCUGAAACUUCGUAAAAACAAAGACAACGACUCCAGGUAUAUCAAUAUUUACACUUUAUUGAUAACUUUUACCUCUUUUAGGUCAUUUAUCUCAUCUAAGUUUCAUUUUCCAUAAAAACUCUUUAUUUCCCAUACAAACUCUCAUAUUACGCUUGGACCACCUGUGAUCAAAACCAAAGCCCGCGAGAUUGAGGGCGGCGCUGAAGACGCGGUUGGAGGGCGAUGUAUUCCGUUGGGAGCAAGGGUUUCCGCCCUUAUGGUGAAAAACAAACCAAAAAAACAAGCAAACAAACAACCAAAAGCAAAACGAAACAAAAACAAAAAACGCCGCGAAAUAGAAAGGACCGGGUCCUAGCGGCUGUUAUCUCCGCUUUGGAGAUCGGCGCCCUAACGUUCAAAGUUAUUAUGGAUCCUAACGAGUCGUUUAUGCACAGGUUAUCUUGUUAAUUAUUUUAUGGACCUAUUGCGGACCUAUGAGCUAGUUGACAGUGAACUUAGGUAAAAAUUGGAAGAUAUUGUGUAACGCAAAUGAUCGAUUGAUUUCUACAAAGUUUAUCAAAAUUUGCGUUUAAAAGGUACGAAAAACCAGCCGUUUCGAGAGUGCUCCCUCCUCCUCAGUGGUUUAUAGCAACUGAAAAAAGCACGCGCGAUGUAACGUUGAAGUACAAAUCAAAACAAAGGCUAACCUUACAUGCGCGCGCUAACUUUGAGUAUUUCAAAUAAAGUUGAAGUCCACUUUCAGUCCGGCUGGUUUGAGUGUUCUGUGUCCGAAUAUCAUUCUGGCCUCAAAACUGCGCCUCUCUGUUGCACUUCUGAAGUUAGAACGAAUCACGCAUACCAACAUGUCACCGAUGCUGUUACCAGAGGAUGUAAAGAGGCGGCUAACCGCAAGAUCUGUGUGAGGCAGUCGGGUGCAGUGUAACUGUGAACUUAGGUACCACCCUGAAACUAUACUGAUGCGUAUACCUAUAACCCUAUUCAACCUUCCAACCUCCGAAGUCGAAGGAGUUUAACGAGUAGUUUAUCCGAAGGUUAUCACCAGUGUUGAUUAUUUUAUGGACCAAAUGCAAACCUAUAAGCCAGUUGACAAGGAACUCGUGUCUCACUCUGAAAUAUGCUGAUGUGUCUUUAACCUUGUUCAAUUUCCCAAACAUAUGUAGCUUGAUGUAUGGAAACAAUCGUGGAUUCCGGGAGAGGAAGUGCACGUUCAUUUGGGUCCUGAUGCUAUUGAAGAUUUCAAGUCAGAUCUAACAAAAAGAAGCCUAAAGUUUGACACAAUGAUUGAAGACACGCAAGCACUGAUUGAUAAAGAAGGCAUGUGCUGUUCAGAAGGGAAUAAAGAUGAUUUUGACAGCUGUUAUCAUACAGUAAAUGAGGUAAGGACAAGAAUUAAUUGCAUUCAAACCUUCUUCAUGCGAUGAGCAAAGGGACAAGAACCAGGAACCAUAUCAGUACUAAUAUAAAGCGCACACUACCAACUCGGCGGUAUGGCCAGUACCUUAGAAAUGCGUACAAACAUAUCACCCGGGCAGUGGUAGCCCGAUGCGAGAAUCCACACCCCUCCCCCGUCCCCUCCAUUCAAAGGUGAGGUGUUUGUUGUUCUCUUAAGGUAGCUCGAACAGCGGCACAACAUUGCAUGGAGGGGACGGGGAAGAAAAAGCUAUAUUUCCCCUUUUGAAGUCAGGAAAACGUCAAAAAGCCCCUUUAGGGCGGAGUGUCUCAUCUCAUUUUGUCGCCGAUUGUAGCUAGGGAUGUGUGAAAUUUUGUGUCUUUGCGAAAUUAGGACUGUCCGCGGGAAAAAGAACUCGGUACCUUAUUAGUCCCAGUUCAAACGUCGAACUUUUCACGUACCAAUCCUAAUCCCUCCAAUUAAGUACAUGGAUUGAAUAGAUCGACUUUUGAAUCAAUUAAGUCCGGACAUAUCUUAUUUAGGUCAUGGAAAUUUCGACUAAAGAGCGACUUCGUUUCAAACGUCGAAGUUUUAAUGUACUGAUCCUGAUGCAUAAAUUACUAAAAUUUAUUCACUGGUAAACAUUGUAGACUGCUGUACAUCGCAAAAAUGAGUUGAUUCCGACUAAUUUUAAUUAAUUAAAGUUCGAUGUCUGAAUCAAUCGUCAAACUUUUGUCGUUUGGAUCGACCCAAAUAAAAUAGCUAGUAAGUGCGGGGCAUGAAAAGAUCGACGUUUGAACUGGGGCUAACCGGCUAACUGAAAGAUGUGUUUUUACUAUCGGCUUCUGAUCAAAUGUUUUUUUUUUUCAAACGUUACAAAAUAUAUCAUAUGAUCAAAACACAGCUAACCAGGUACACAUUGAUCAGUGCUUUAAUUUAUUUGUCAUACUUUAGAUUAAUCCAUGCUCUAAAAGCUGAACUUGAGCUGUGAGAAACGUUGUAAGAAUUUACUUGACUCGGUAAAUAUUUUUCUUCAAACCAGAUCCACGAUGAACUGUUUCGUUUGAGGAAAGAAUACCCGGACUUGGUGAAGCUGGUAAACGUGGGAAAGUCUUACGAGAAACAAGAUAUGUUAGGAAUUGAGGUGAGAUGUAGGCCGCAGCGAAAAUGGAAACUUCGCUCCACCGAUGAGCACAUUCAAAAGAUAAGAUAUCAAAAAGGAAAAGUUAAUGUCAAUAAAAGUUUUAGACACCCUUUUCAGGGAUUUAGGUAACUAGCAAUGACAUUUUUGUGUCACGUAAAAGAUGUUUUAAAUUCGCGUCAAAACCGUUCUAAAAAUGAAAUGGUCAGUGCAAAUGCCCCGUGGCAAAAGUAUAUGGAAGUUGUUUGCUCUGGGUUAUAGGUUCCUGUUUACAAUUAAGCCAGGAAUAGAGCUCACCAGAACUCAAACAACCUCUCCCUAGUUUGCUAGGUUUGAAUUUACAAUCAUCUUCUUUCCUCAGAUUAAACAAAACACACCCGAUGCCCAUGAGCGAGGUUUAGUUUUUAUACUUUGCGGAAUUCACGCCAGAGAAUGGAUCAGUCCAGCGACUUGCAUGUACAUAUUACGUCAAGUAAGUAGAUUCGAAUGUACCUCGACAACUAGCUUUAUUUUCAUUUAAAUGAAGUUGAGAGAUUCUUAAUUCAUUCAUUCAUUCAUUCAUUCAUUCAUUCACUCACUCACUCACUCACUCACUCACUCACUCACUCACUCACUCACUCACUCACUCACUCACUCACUCACUCAUUCAUUCAUUCAUUCAUUCAUUCACUCACUCACUCACUCACUCACUCACUCACUCACUCACUCACUCACUCACUCACUCACUCACUCACUCAUUCAUUCAUUCAUUCAUUCAUUCACUCACUCACUCACUCACUCACUCACUCACUCACUCACUCACUCAUUCACUCAUUCAUUCAUUCAUUCAUUCAUUCAUUCAUUCAUUCACUCACUCAUUCACUCACUCACUCACUCAUUCAUUCAUUCAUUCACUCACUCACUCACUCACUCACUCACUCACUCACUCACUCAUUCAUUCAUUCAUUCAUUCACUCACUCACUCACUCACUCACUCACUCAUUCAUUCAUUCAUUCAUUCACUCACUCACUCACUCACUCACUCAUUCAUUCAUUCAUUCAUUCAUUCAUUCAUUCAUUCAUUCAUUCAUUCAUUCAUUCAUUCAUUCAUUCAUUCAUUCAUUCAUUCAUUCAUUCAUUCACUCAUUCAUUCAUUGUGCGAUUGCGUGGUCACAAUGUGGUCGGAGGGUCAUUAGCUAAAAAUGCUACAUAAAGAGAUGGGACUUGAGUUAAAACUAUAUCUUAAUUCUGCUUUUGCUUUGGAACAUUAGCUUCUGGAAUCCAAAGACAGUGAUGAGGGAGUUGCAAACAUGGUGAAUUCAUUUAACUGGUUUUUCCUGCCGGUUUUCAACGUGGAUGGCUACAGGUUUACGCAAGAAGUAAGUAAUACAGGGAAAAUAAUCAAUAGCGAUCUACGCUCAUACUAUGUUGUUCUUUGUUGAGGAAGGGAGAUUUCCCGCAUCCUCAUUUUCACUUCGCUUUGUUCACAGCUUUCCGCUAGUUUGCGUUGAGAAAUUGAAGAGGCUCCAAAUAGUCUUAAAUAGAUAGGACUUAGAGUUUGCUUUGCAUGGUGUUAAGAGAAAUUUUACUAAUUGGUGAUGCCGACCUGAAUACUUGGUUACCGCCACAUCGAUGCUGCGGUUUUGUUCAUUCUAUGGAAAUUAAAAGAUUUUGUUCUCGACAGGUAGACCGUCUUUGGCGAAAAAAUCGAAGGCCGAUUCUCCUUACAGGCUCUGGUAAAGCAGUUGGCGUAGAUUUAAACAGAAACUUUGCAACUAAAAAUUGGGGUGCGUAGUCAAUUCUAACUCUUUUUAUUAUUAACACUUAAACGAGAGUCUCCCCUCGUUCUUUAAAUUUUAUCUUCGUGAAGUUUUCUCCCGCGCUCUACUAUCUGAAUGCCUGGAACAGGCUACACGAGGAAAUGUUUUUCGUCGCUAACCGCUCAAACCUAAUCGACCAAUACUUGGGUAUAGGUGAGCCGCUGAGGGAAUGAAAUCCUGUCCCUGUAUAGGAAAAAAAAUCCUAAAAUAAAUACCCUGUUUACUACAACAACUCAGCUUUAUUACCCUGUUUCGAACAAGAGCAAAAUGCACCCGGUCUUGUUUUAAAGUCAUUUAUUGGCGACUGCAGCAGAGCAAAUUCACGUUAUAGUCAUUGCUAGUCAUUCUCGUUAUAGACAUUGACGGGGGAAGGACCCUGUUGCGCGUGUCUGGCGCUCCCCACUCGCUUUGCUCGCAUGCAAAGCGAAAAAAUAACGCCUGUUCUUCGGGCUAAUAUUUUAACCAAUACUUUAUUUAUAGGGUUGAAUGAGUGCAUCUCUAAAGUAAAUUGUGAACUUUAUCCUGGAGAUAAGCCGUUUUCUGAGAUUGAAACUCAAACCGUUGCCGCUUAUCUUAAAAGCCGUGCUUCAGAAUUGGUCUCCUUCUUUGAUAUUCAUUCUUAUUCACAGCUGUGGAUGUCCCCUUGGGGGAAUAAGAAUGGGACACCCGCUGAGUAUAAUCUAAUGGUGAGUCGAAAGACUAAUUAGUUAACGAAAAAAAAAGUCAUUUAAAGGCUCGCACCAUGUGAGGAUAUCCCCUGGGCUUUGGAAUCCGGAACUCAGCUCAAGAAAUCCGGAAUCCGGCCAGCUAACGAUUGGAAUCCUGAAUCUAUCUCCCAAUGACAAGAGAUCCAGAAUCCAAUACAUGGAAUCCAGAAAGAAAUGCACUUUUUUUGGGUGUUAAUGUCUUUAGCACGAACUUACUGAUUGGGGACACUAUUGUUACGUUGUAUUUUCAAUUGACGGGGCAAAGGAGGUAUUGGAAUUUGGUAUGCUCACGAAAAAAAAAAUCUGAGAAUUUAACGAAGUUUUCACGUUAAUUUGAAGUCAGCAGCCAACUCAUAUCCGAAGUUCUUUCGCAAUCAAUGCUUGACUUUUUGUUGUAAGUAGAAAUUCUCUAAAACUCCUUUUAAAACCCUUUAAAGUUGUCUUGGUACGUAGUCAAAGUAUGAAAAUGAAAAACAUAAUUUUCGUUAUUUUUAAUGCUUUUUAAUUCUGUUGACUGCAUACAGAGACGUGUGAUGAAAGCUGGCACCGAAGCAAUAAGGUCCACAUCUGGGAAAGUGUUUAAAUUCGGAGCAACUUAUCAAACAAUCUGUAAGUUAAAAUUAUACUGAAAUUGAGUGCGUGUGUGUCAGUACUGGAAAAUACUAGUUAUGUCAACAAAACUGACAGCUAGUACCUUUACUUGUAUUGCUUUUCUCAGUUUUUUUAAAUACACUGUAUUAAAAAUAAUUUCCAAGUAGACCUUUAUUAUUUAUUUUAUUGGGAAAUUUGCUUUAAACAAGGGCACGUUUUUAUUACAGGGAAAUUUGCUUUAAACAAGGGCACGUUUGUUGAUUCAAUAAUCCAUUCAUAAAAUAAGUCAAAACGAUUGAACGAUAUUGAACAAAAUUACCUGUUCUUUAUUCUUGUCUGUUGUGUUUCAGUCGUUUUUGCGUUUUUAGCCUUUAAUCAAAAUAACAGCUAGAAUAGACAGGGCAAAGGACCGAGGGGUUGACCUCAGUUUGGGGUUUUCUAAGAGGGGAGGUCUGUUGCACUGAUUAUGGCAGCAAACUGGGGUUCAGUUUGUUUGGGUUUGAACUUCAAAUGCAGCCCCAUCAGUCUGAGGUCAAGAAAAAUUUUUUAAUCGAAUCAGCAUUCUGGAAUCGAGGCUAAAUAUGACUAUCGGAUUGUUCAUUUUAUGAAUGGAUUAUUGAAUCAACAAACGAAAUCAUUUUUCCGUGAAUGAAUUCAUUAGUUCGUUAGCGACGGGAACGCUUGACCUGGUUUGACUGUAAGAACGUUGAACGAUAUUGAAUUAACAUGUUUUCAGUCGUUUGCAGAUCCAAGGGGAGGACCGGGGGUUCCGGGGGUUCUGGGGGAUCGGGGUAUCCAGGGGGUUCAGGUCCCUAAAUGCACCCAUCAGUCUAGAAGAAAUUUAUAGCCUUUAAGUGACUGAGUGCCAGGAAAAUUAAGGCUCACAAGUUUAUUAUCGAAAAAAAUAGCUUAAAACGGGUGCAAAUGAUAAGCUGUAAACAGGCUGUAUUAAAGUUCUAAGGGUGAGUUCAAGUUUGGACACCUGGCUCCCGCCGCCCCUGGUUUGGCCAGGGUUUUUAAAACACAGGCGUCCCAAGCUCACGUUACAAGAGUGGAAUGUAAUUUACUUCCUUGCAAGAGGGUCUGUGUCGCGUUACAGGCGACUUUUGAGACGUUGUAUGAAAAAUAAAAUACUGAGGCCUGAUAUUUAACGUUCGCAGACUUCAGUACUGUAUUUAUUCGAUUAACCGCCCUAGGCGCUUAUUACAUUUUUGGACCUUGAGAGUGGGCGCUUAUACGUGGUGGGCACUUAUUCGAGGCUGGGCGCUUAUUAAUUUUUUUACCAUUUUCAGCAAGUUUAGUAUGUUUAUUUUGCAUUACAAAACAAUAAAUGCUCACAAGAGCCAUAAAACGCGAAGAAGUAACAAAGCAAGGUUUCUGUAAAAUACUCUGAAGAAAUCUCCUUCGUUGGGGAAGUCUCUUAUUAGUAUUAUUCAAUUUCAAUUUCAGUCUCAAUGUCCGCGGUUGGGGUGGGGUGGGCGCUUAUUUGAGUUUGAUUGGGAGGAGGAGGGGGUGGGCGCAUAUUCGAGGCUGGGCGCUUAUUGACUUUUUCUCCCUUUAGGAUGGGCGCUUAUUCGAGGUGGGCGCUAAUUCGAAGUUGGGCGCUUAUUCGAAUAAAUACAGUAUUUUCUUUCUCAUACAACCUCUCAACCCUGGGGGUCUCAACGGUCGCCUGUAACGCGACACCGACUAAAUUGCAUUCCACCGCCGCUUGUAGGGUGAACUUGAGACGCCUGUUUUUAAAAUUGAUUUUUUAAAAAAUAAUUUUACUACAGGCGACUCUCUCUUAACAGACACCUCUAUAAAACGAACUCCAAGAGUUGGUCCCUGCCUUUCUUUGCUAUUUUUCUGUGUUUGACUCUCUAUAAGACGGACUUUUCUCUAAGACGGGCACUUAGCCGGUGUAAAAGGCGUUCACUUAGAGAAGAGUUAACUGUAUUACAGACCCGGGGGGGGGUACUACCUAGUUAUAGGCUAAUGGGGAUGUGCCCCUGGAUGAGGUCGCAUUUUCAAGGCUACAAUCGGCCACAAAAUUGUUGAGACUCAAAAUAGGAUAACUUUAGAGAACAAAAGAAUCCGCGCCCCUCCCCUGCCCCCUCCAUUCAAAGUUGGGGUGUUUGUUGUUUUCUAUAGGUAGCUCGAACAUCGGCACAACAUUGCAUGGAGGGGAAGGGGGAAAAAACUACAUUUCCUUCUUUUGAAGUCAGUAAAACGUAAAAAAGCCCCGUUUAGGGCGAAGUGUCUUCACUCAUUUUGUCGCCGAUUGUAGACUGACGAUAAUGGGGUUGCAUUUUCAUUAGUGUAUGGGAUCGCCUAUUUUCGGGAUUUUGGGGAUCAGAAAAUUCAUUUAGGAAGGGAUUUAAAAAUGGGAAGAUUUUUACUUCAUUGAGUGUGAACAAAGUGUCAAUUCAUCAGUCAGGAUGACCUAGUUAUAAGGCUUCAUAAGGUAGGUGCGUAAACAGAUAGUUACUAAGUUGGGAUCGCGACAAUUACAUUUUCCCAAAACUGACCAAGAUGGGGUCUAUAUUUGGCCACAGAAUAGACUAUAAUGGGGAAGGGGUUCUGAGAGGCGCGCGGCACACACCCAGCAAAAAUUAACCCAAGUAACCAACCCGGGAUUACGGACCGAAUUGGGCUGGCUUGCUUCACUAUAUAAUAUUCUAAGCUCAUCGCAAUAAAGUUUCGAUAUUGCAUUUUUCAGAUCCUGCAUAUGGCAUAACAAUUGAUUAUGUGUACGACACGCUGGGUGUCGCUCACUCGUAUACAAUAGAACUAAGGCCAUCUGAUGAGGACGACAAUGGAUUUAUUCUACCGGCUUGUCAGAUCAUUGACAGUGGAAAAGAAAUCAUGGCUGCUUUCAAGGCUAUCACCCCGAUCAUGGCAGAAAACCCCAUGACAAAAGUCAAACGAGACAGAAAACUUAGGUCACAAUAAAGUGUUUUCACAUUUCGUCAAGUCCGGCGGCCACAUUGGUAACCAUUCCUGUCGGAGUCUCUGUUUCCCUUUUAACUAUUUUCUUAAAGCUGGUUUUCCUUAGCGACGGAGUCAAAAUCAAAAGCACAGAGCGUUAAACCAGUCUUAGUUGGUUCCUGGCGUUCACCCAUGGCGAAAAGUGCACAAAAGAAAAAAACGAGGGAGGGGAGACUGCGAUGUGGCAUUUGGCGUCUCUCUGCACUACUGUAUUUGAACAGUCUCAACGCCUCCACUAUCUGAAGAGCCUGUGUAGCAUGGCGCCGCGCUGUUUUGUCGGUCGCGGUUUCACUGCUCUCGUCCGCCUAUGCUACGCAGGCUACUAGGGAGCUUAAGCAAAGGCGUUUUUGAGCGACGGACGUCAACUGGAAGUGAGGCAUUUUCCCUCUUAAUAUGCCUUGACGAUAUAAAAUUUGUAUUGCA